AUGAUUGAAAAACCAGUAUAUCGAAGAAAAUCUGAUAAAAGAGAAGCCAGUUAUGUUGAAGUUUUUACAGAUAAAGCAGAAAGAAAGAGACAAUCUGAAUCCAGAAGGGAACUAAACUUGAGAAGCAGAAAACCCAUUGAUGAAUUCAUGGAAGUAGAAACCCUGCAAAUUAUUACUCCUACUCAAAUGAAGAAAGAUGACGAACUAGAACAAGUUUUAGACGAUUAUGAGAAAGAGGAACUUAGCGAAAUUGAAGCGUAUAUGGCAGACAAUCAAGAAGAAUAUGAGGAGGAAACUGACCUUCUACCCCUUGACUACAACCCCUGGAAUGAAGAAAAUCAU